UCUCUCUCUCUCUCACACACACACACACACACACACACAUUCUCUCUUGCUGUCUCUUCACACACACACAUUGAAGCCGUGGAGCUCUGCACUACACAUUAGAGAAGAUCUCAAAGGUAAACCCUUGUGUGAUGGAGCUCAUCACACUUGUUCUUCCUCUGCUCAUCUUCGUUGCUGAGAGGGGGGUCACAACUCCUGUAACCUCUGACCCUGAUGUGACCCCAAUGAUCCCCACGGACCCGUGUGAGGGACAACCGUGUCUAAACGGAGGAGUGUGUACACCUGCAGAGGGAGAAGAGCUGAAGUAUAUCUGCACAUGCAGCGCACAGUUCAUCGGACACAACUGCCAGUUCUUUGCCAACCCUUGUGCCAGCGACCCCUGUCUCCAUGGUAACUGCACACGUGAAGGUGCAGAGUUUGUGUGCGUGUGCAGUGAUGGGUAUGCAGGAGUCAGGUGUGAGCAGCCACCUUCAGCCUUUGACCUCGUUGAGUCCAGCUGGGACCUGGCAGCCACUCCAGCUACGACUACUCAACCGUCUCAGCCAGUCACAGAGCUCAGUGAUACUGAGGCACCACCCACUUUGCAACCAUGGCAACCAAAGCCUGGACAGAGAGUGAUUGAAAUCCAGUGGGAGGAGCUUCAGAUCACUGAUGGAUCAGAGUGUGUGAGCAUCGCAGGCACUGAGCCAGCUGGAAUGAUGACGGUUUCCAUGGAGAUUGCAGAAGGAACUGCAGUAAAGUUGGUACUGAACGUUAGCGGAGCUGCAGCACUGUGGCGGGUCGGAGCUCUUGGGUUCGACCGGUGUUCAGUAUCUGAUGGCAUGGUCGUUUGGUUCCAGCAGGACUCCAAUGGUCUUGUGAUCUCUGAUCAGUUACUGCCACUCGGACACAACUACUUCAUCACUGUGCUGCGCAUUGGAGCCCCUUCUGGUCUGGAAGUCACUCUUAGAUUACAGUUCACUGUAAAGUCUACUAGCUGCAUGGAGCCAGGCAGCAACUUUAGUGACCCACAAUGCACUGGGAGAGGGAAGUGCAUCACAGAGUCUUCUGUGAGCACAUUUUAUUGCCAGUGCGAUGUUGGAUACUCUGGAAUCUUCUGCGAGGAAUUUGACGCAUGCUACACAAACCCAUGUGAAAACAAUGGGACCUGCAGUGACAUCACACAAAGACACGAGGGGCAUGACUACACUUGCACCUGUCUGCCAGAGUUUGAAGGCCAGAACUGUCAGUCUCGGGUAAAUCACUGCGCCUCAGAACCCUGCAAAAAUGGAGCAACAUGCACAAACACACUGACCGGCCCACAGUGCACCUGCGCAGAAGGAUAUAAAGGAAAUAUCUGUGAGGUAAGAAUCGACCCAUGUGCUUCUGGUCCAUGUCACAAUAAUGGGACAUGUUAUCUGCAGAAUGGUGGACAGGGCUUCAGCUGUACUUGUCCUCCUGGUUUCACUGGACACACCUGCACUCAGCUCGUCGAUUUCUGCUCACUCAACCCAUGUGCACAUGGUGUAUGUCGCAAUGUCGGUACAAGCUAUAGGUGCCUUUGUGUGCCAGGUUAUCAUGGGUUGUACUGUGAGGAAGAGUAUAACGAGUGUCUCUCUGCUCCAUGUCUGAAUUUCGCAACCUGCCGGGAUCUGAUCAAUGCCUAUGAAUGUCUAUGUACUCCGCAGUACACAGGGAGACACUGUGAGAUUUAUCAAGAUCCAUGUACGAAACUGCAGUGUCAGAACGGAGGUCAGUGUGAAAGAAGGCGGAGCAAUGCAACCUGUGUGUGUGCACCUGGAUACACAGGUGAGAACUGUGAGACUGACAUCAAUGAGUGUGAGAGCAACCCUUGUCAUCAUGGUGGCACCUGCAUUGACCAGGCAGAUGGCUUCCUCUGUCACUGCCCACCUGGCUGGGUGGGCGGGGCCUGUGAGAUCCAUCUACAGUGGAAGGCAUCUCGUACAGUCGAUUCUCUCCCUAGCGUUCCACGUCACUCUCUCUACAUCAUCAUCGGGGCUCUGUGUGUAGCCUUCGUCCUCAUGCUCAUCAUCCUCAUUGUUGGAAUCUGCCGCAUCAGCCGUAUUGAGUAUCAGGCAUCGUCUCGUCAUGCCUAUCAGGAGUUUUAUAACUGCCGCAGCAUCGACAGUGACUUCAGCAACGCCAUCGCCUCCAUACGCCAUGCCCGGUUUGGGAAGAAAUCUCGUCCAGCCAUGUACGAUGCCACACCCAUCAACUAUGAAGACUUCAGUCCAGACGACAAACCGCUUGUCACACUCAUCAAAACUAAAGAUCUGUAAAGCCCAUGCACACAAACACACACACACACACACACACACACACACACACAGCCUUUCUAAUUAGCUGAUGCCAACUAUUAAGUAUUAAUUAACCUUAAUAAAGGUCUUAUAAAGAUAAAAAAAAAUCUAUAAAUGCUAAUAUUUAGAUGAACUUUGAUAUUGAAUAGAUCUAUUUUGCCACUGAUAUGCAUAAUCAGCUACAGUUUGUGUUUUAUAGAUGUAUUUAUCAGUAAAGACCUUUGUUUCAUUGCAGAGAGAAGAAAUACAAAGUGUCACUAGUUUGCACACUUAGAUGUAGUCUCCUUCAGUAAAGCUCUGGUAUCGUAGGCUGUAAUUUCGGCUUUGUUCCAAACCCAGUUAGUGUUCUUACUAGAAAAUUCAAGGCUCUGUCCAAAAAACUAACGCAUGUUCUACUGAAACUUCAUUCAGCGUGAGGGAGUGUUUGCUUUACCUACACUGCACUGUCAUGUUAAACACUGAGAACUAGCUGCUAGCAGUGAAUCAUUUAUUUUAUUUUUUUACACAUGUAACAUUGUGUUUAAGAGUACCUAAUAAAAUAAAACAUAAAGUUAGAUAAUGUAUCUGUCUGUAACAUACAGCUAAAGAUCAUAUGUGUUUAAUGUCCAUGUCAGUAGCUGAGUGUGUGAAGUUUUGCCAGUGUAGUGAGCGUGCUGGUUCCCCGUGAUAUCAUCCUUAUGAAUAAACCCUUAAUUUACAAGUUAUAGUGGUGAGCUAGUUAGCUAUGUAGGUUUUGUUGUUGUACACUUGAUGUUACAAUUAUUUUAUAUAACAUUUUAUUUUACAGAGUGCUGGGAGCUACUACUCACUACUGCUAGCUAGUUGUUUAGCUAUUUAUAAUUAUUAUAACAGGAAAGCAUAUAAAAUGUUCAAUAUUCUAUAGAUAUUAGCUAGCAAGCUAUUUAUGUUUAGAUAACGAACACCAGUGACAGUCCCUCGUUGCAACACUAGCUAACUUCCUUGCAAGACUAGCUUCUCUUAGUGAACUGUUACCUAUUUUGUAUUGAUUUAAUUUUUUUCAGAGUCUUUGACAUCAGACCAGGUACAAGGGCUUGCUGUACUCUGAGUCUUCUGUAUGACGCGGUACACUAGCCAUUUUAAGGUAUCUCGAGGAAGGUUACUUCUACUAAGAACACUUCUAUCACACUUUUGGGGCAAAGCUUUUGUGCAAGUGUAAGUAAAAAGAAGCUGUAGGCUGCCUUAAACACUGCAUGGCUAGACUCGGCAGUUUCACAGUAGAAUUAUUUGUAAGAUAUUGAAUGUUUAGCUAGUGCUCUCUUUGCUGGAGUCUUGUGCCCUCAUCCUGGUGGUAGAACAGUGCCACUGUAUCGUAAAUAACUGCUUUCCAACACUAACAUUCACUUGCCUUGUUUUUACUAAUUUCAUGCCAUGCAACUACUGCUGUAGCUAUGAUUUAGCUAUCGUGUCCAAAAUGAUACCCCACUUCCUGUUCCCUACAAAGUGCAUUAUGCAAAGUACAUUCUGUUCCAACAAGGAACACUGACUUACUGAAGUGCAUUGUGGGAAUUUAUGAGCACCCUACAUAUUUUCCACUGCACUUUAAAAAAAAAACAAAAAAACCAACAGUCCUGCAUCUCACUAUGUAGUGAAUAUGGCAUGUUUUGGACACGUGGUUAGCUUUAAUAAUGUUUAACAGUUUUUAUUAGAUGUUAGUCUUCUAUCCUUUCUGUCCUUCAUAAAACAAAAAAAAUCAAGAACAUUGGCUUUGUUACCUGUGAGUCAAUACCAGCAUGUUCAAUAGACUGAACUAUAGUGAGUACCGUGCAGUGUGAGGGCUUCGUGAUCAAGAUAAAAACAAAGAAGUCACAUAACAUACAUGUGAUUUUUCUUUAUUAAAAGAUUUGUUGUGACUUUUCUUUCAUUUUGGUACACUCUGUUGAGAAAGGAGGGAAGGAUACUGAAAGGAAAGGAUUCAGAAACUGCUGUGUGCACACUUUCGCACUAGUUCACAAGAUCAGGCCAAUAGAAGAUCAGUGUUUAUUAGACAUCAGAAGUAAAUUUAACUUGGAAAUAUAUUGUUGGGUAUAUGUGCUGGAAGGAAAUCCCAACACAGACUAUACAUAUAAUACUACUAUUAAUCAUCAUCAUCAGGAUCAUCAUCAUCAUUAGCAGCGGUUCUUGAUCAUAACAAGGCUGGUUAUUUCUCAAACUAGAUACUGUGCUAAUUAAGGACUAAAUGUUGUCCCUUUGCGUUCUAUAACUUCUGAGAAUCAAGCUGUUCUGACUGAGACAAGGGCUGGAUGGUAGUUACUGUGCUAUUACCUAUUAUGUUAGAUAUGCUAUUAUGAAGACCACCAUCUAUAUUCAAUUUUCCAUCACCUUUAUUCAGUGUCAGCAGAUUUGGUUGACGAGGUGCAAUUGUUCACUGUACCAAAGGAUGGAUCCUAUAUUUAGUGUUUAUCUUAUGUGAGAUGGUGCUCCACUGUACAUGGUAGUUGGAUUUAACCUCUUAGUUAUUCGGUUGAGUUGGAAUCUAUCCCAUGCUACACUUCAGUGAUCUCUGACUGCUGCAGCUGGCUGUGGUGUAAGUACAUGUUUCUUAUGUAGGCAGGUGUCAGAAACUGUACACAACAGAAAUGUAAAACAGAUUAAACAGUGAUUAGCCACACCUUUGCUCGAAGGAACAGUAAGUACCUAGAGUAGUCAUAAUUAAAACUGGUGUGUGAUUAAAGUUGUGAGAGAGACUUAUGGCAGUAGGACUUAUUACGAGGAAAGUUUCUUGCUCUCUUAUUUUCUCUGUGUCUUUUUUUUUGUUGCUGGCUGUUGUGGCUCUCUCAGGGUCCUCUCUUCCCUCUUUCUCCUCCCUCUAUUUUAGUUUUCAUCCUCACCCUCCAUCCACCUCUUGAUGUAGUUGAUAAUAUUUGGGAUCCAGAGCUAACCUGUGAUCUGUUUAACUGUUCUGUACAGAAAGAAUGAAGAGAGAACCCUGAGGUCUGUAUAAUAAAUGCAAUUACUAUAUUAAUAAAGGUCAGUGUGGAUACUGAUUCUGUCAUGAUACAAAA